AUGGAGUCCUCCAGAUCGCUUCUCGGCUGCCUGGCGAGCGCCGCUGCCGCCCCGCCGGGGGAGGAUGCCACGGGCACAGGAGCCGAGGAGGAGGAGGACGAGGAGGAGGCGGCGGCCGCCGAGCUUGGCUCCCACGCUGCGCUGCCCUACUGGACGGCUGUAUUCGAGUACGAGGCGGCGGGCGAGGACGAGCUGACCCUGCGGCUAGGCGAUGUGGUAGAGGUCCUGUCCAAGGACUCGCAGGUGUCCGGCGACGAGGGCUGGUGGACAGGACAGCUGAACCAGCGGGUGGGCAUCUUCCCCAGCAACUACGUGACUCCGCGCAGCGCCUUCUCCAGCCGCUGCCAGCCCGGCGCCGAGGACCCCAGUUGCUACCCGCCCAUUCAGCUGUUAGAGAUUGAUUUUGCGGAGCUAACCCUGGAGGAGAUCAUCGGCAUUGGGGGCUUUGGGAAAGUUUACCGUGCUUUCUGGGUUGGCGACGAGGUCGCCGUGAAAGCAGCUCGCCAUGACCCCGAUGAGGACAUCAGCCAGACCAUAGAGAAUGUUCGCCAAGAGGCCAAGCUCUUUGCCAUGCUGAAGCACCCGAACAUCAUUGCCCUCAGAGGGGUGUGCUUGAAGGAACCCAACCUCUGCUUGGUCAUGGAGUUUGCUCGUGGAGGGCCUUUGAACAGAGUGCUGUCUGGGAAGAGGAUUCCCCCAGAUAUCCUGGUGAACUGGGCUGUACAGAUUGCUAGAGGGAUGAACUACCUGCACGAUGAGGCAAUUGUCCCCAUCAUCCACCGAGACCUUAAGUCCAGCAACAUUCUGAUCCUGCAGAAAGUGGAGAAUGGAGAUCUGAGUAACAAGAUUCUGAAGAUAACUGACUUUGGGCUGGCUCGGGAAUGGCACCGGACCACCAAGAUGAGCGCGGCAGGGACAUACGCUUGGAUGGCACCCGAGGUCAUCCGUGCUUCCAUGUUUUCCAAAGGCAGUGACGUGUGGAGCUAUGGAGUGCUGCUUUGGGAACUGCUGACCGGCGAGGUGCCCUUCCGAGGCAUUGAUGGCUUAGCAGUGGCCUAUGGAGUGGCCAUGAAUAAACUCGCCCUUCCUAUCCCUUCUACAUGUCCAGAACCUUUUGCCAAACUCAUGGAAGACUGCUGGAAUCCUGACCCCCACUCACGCCCAUCUUUCACCAGUAUCCUGGACCAGCUCACGACCAUAGAAGAGUCUGGUUUCUUCGAGAUGCCCAAGGACUCCUUCCACUGCCUGCAGGAUGACUGGAAACAGGAGAUUCAGGAAAUGUUUGACCAACUCAGGGCCAAAGAAAAGGAGCUCCGCACCUGGGAGGAGGAGCUGACCCGGGCUGCGCUCCAGCAGAAGAACCAGGAGGAGCUGCUGCGACGCAGGGAGCAGGAACUGGCUGAGCGGGAGAUCGACAUCCUGGAGCGGGAGCUCAACAUCAUCAUCCACCAGCUGUGCCAGGAAAAGCCCCGGGUGAAGAAACGCAAGGGCAAGUUCAGGAAGAGCCGACUGAAGCUCAAGGAUGGAAACCGCAUCAGCCUCCCCUCCGAUUUCCAGCACAAGUUCACGGUGCAAGCCUCCCCAACCAUGGAUAAAAGGAAGAGUCUCCUCAGCAGCCGAUCGAGCCCUCCUGCUAGCCCCACCAUCAUCCCUCGCCUUCGAGCCAUCCAGUUGACACCAGGUGAAAGCAGUAAAACCUGGGGCCGGAGCUCAGUUGUCCCAAAAGAGGAAGGGGAGGAGGAGGACAAGAGGCUCCCAAAGAAGAAGGGCCGGACGUGGGGACCAGGAACACUUGGGCAGAAAGAGCUCACCUCAGGAGAUGAAGGAUCCCCUCAGAGACGGGAAAAAACUAAUGGCUUAAGUACCCCUUCAGAGUCUGCACAUUUCCACUUGGGCCUCAAGUCCCUGGUAGAUGGAUACAAACAGUGGUCAUCCAGUGCCCCCAACUUGGGGAAGGGCCCAAGGAAUAGCCCUGCUCUACCUGGGUUCACCAGUCUUAUGGAAAUAGUCUGUAUUUCUCUGCUGUUUAUCUUGCUUUCAGAGGAUGAAGAUGGUGAAGGCCCGGGAAAUGGAGAGAGUCAUCUCCAGCAUUCGCCCAACCAGUCCUACCUCUGUAUCCCAUUUCCUCGUGGAGAGGAUGGGGAUGGUCCUUCCAGUGAUGGAGUUCAUGAGGAGCUCACCCCAGUCAACUCAGCCACCAGUACCCCUCAGCUGACGCCAACCAACAGCCUCAAACGCAGUGGGACCCACCACCGGCGCUGUGAGGUGGCUCUGCUUGGCUGUGGAGCUGUUCUGGCAGCCACAGGCCUAGGGUUUGACUUGUUGGAAGCUGGCAAGUGCCAAUUGCUUCCCCCAGAGGAGCCCGAGCCACCAGCUCGAGAAGAGAAGAAAAAGCGCGAGGGUCUUUUCCAAAGGGCCAGCCGCCCUCGUCGGAGUACCAGCCCCCCUUCCCGAAAGCUCUUCAAGAAGGAGGAGCCAAUGAUGUUGCUAGGAGACCCGUCUGCCUCCUUGACACUGCUCUCUCUCUCCUCCAUCUCCGAAUGCAACUCUACCCGCUCCUUGCUGCGCUCUGACAGUGAUGAGAUCGUUGUGUAUGAAAUGCCAGUCAGUCCAGUUGAAGCUCCACCCCUCACCUCGUGCACCCACAACCCUCUCGUUAAUGUCCGAGUGGAGCGCUUCAAGCGAGACCCUAAUCAGUCCCUGACUCCCACCCAUGUCACCCUCACAGCCCCUACACAGUCAAGUGGUCACAGGCGGACUCCUUCUGAUGGGGCGCUUAAGCCAACAGGAGCCCCCCCAGCACUAGCGAGCCGGAGCCCCUCCAGCAAUGGAAUGAGCCCCAGUCCUGGGACAGGAAUGUUGAAAACUCCCAGUCCCAGCCGAGACCCAGGUGAAUUCCCCCGUCUCCCUGACCCCAAUGUGGUCUUUCCCCCAACUCCAAGACGCUGGAACACACAAGGGGACUCCACCUUAGAGAGACCCAAGACCCUGGAGUUCCUGCCUCGGCCACGUCCUUCUGCCAACCGGCAGCGGCUGGACCCUUGGUGGUUUGUGUCCCCCAGCCAUGCCCGCAGCGCCUCCCCAGCCAACAGCUCCAGCACAGAGACGCCCAGCAACCUGGACUCCUGCUUUGCCAGCAGCAGCAGCACUGUAGAAGAGCGGCCUGCACUCCCAGCUCUGCUCCCUCUACAAGCAGGGCCACUGCCCCCCGCUGAGCGGACGCUUCUGGACCUGGAUGCAGAGGGGCAGAGCCAGGAUAGCACGGUACCCCUGUGCAGAGCGGAACUGAACACACAUGGGCCUUCCCCCUAUGAGAUCCAGCAGGAGUUCUGGUCUUAGUGUCAGAAGGGUCAGGGUGGGGCAAGGGGGAAGCCGGAGGAGAUGGAGGGAGCUGGCUGGCACAGCCCUGUCUCGGUUAGGCCCCCUGGGAUCCAGACCUCCUCCUUGCACUGAGAAUGCACUUUGAAGAUGGAAGGGAUGGAGACAGGGCCAGCCACUGCAGAGGGUCUCCUGCCCUGCAGGAUCUUUUCCCCAUGUUCGCUGGAGGGGCUGUGUCAGCUCUGGCUGUGUAGGAGAGGGAGGGCUUGUCCCCACCCUCCAGUCUUCCUCACCUUUAGGGUGACACUGCAGUCAUUCAGCCAGAUCUGUCCACUGCCUCUUCUCAGCCAGAGCUGUCCUGGAGUCCCUUUGUCAGCCAUGAGUUCUUCCGUCCAUACACUGGUACUGAUGUGCUAUGAUUGAUUCAUUUGGCUUGUCUUCCGCUCUUCCCAUGACUCGGUGUCUCCUUUGGUAUCGAUGAGUGUCUUGUGUCCUAAGUCCUUUUGUGCCA